AUGAUUCCCAAGACCUAUCUCAACAUUACGGAAAAGGAUGCGGAGGUCAGCGUGCAACGCAUGCGAUACAACAGUGACUACUUCUCCACGUCUGAGUUUGAGAAGGUAUCCAAGAUGGGAACUGUCGGAGAUCUCGAGGAGGUUCACAUGAUUCAAGGCACCACUUUCCUUAUACUUGUGUAUAAUGGCGGAUCGAAGCUGGAGUGCUGUGACUGUGUCACUGGCGAACGCUUUGACUCCGUGGAGUUUGCUGCCCCCAUUACAAAGUAUGUCGUCUAUCCCGGAGAAAGGACUGACUUCCGCUAUGCUUAUUGCAACGCAGCUGGCGUCGUCGUUGUUAAGGUUGAGUCCAAUGGGAAGCUUGUUGCUUCUUCCCCUAUCCCGCUGGAACCAAAGAGCAAGAUCCUGAAGUUGGCCGUUUCCUCAGCCUUUGUUGUUUUUGCUUACGCAACCAAGAAGGGAAUCUUUCUUUCCGUGACGAACCUGAGCCGCGCAGACAAGCAGGGCAUCCUACAAGUGCAGGGUGCCCCCUUGAGCCUUACCAUCAGCGAGCCAGAGUCUCUGACUUCUCACAAUACCGACACGAUCCACGGAGUUGACCCUACUACCUCAAAUAUUUAUGAGAACACAUCAUCUGGGUUCCAGCUGAGCUUCAACAUCCUCAGAGCUAUAUUCAAGAGCUCCUCUUCCUCUGCAGCCCCCUUCACACUGAUUGAAUACAAACUGAAGCUUGGUGAUAUCACACCGAGUCCCCUCUUUAUCAACAAAAUAGAGCGCUAUUCGUACAGAGAUUACUUCGAUUUUUAUAGCUCCUUCGUCUACGAGGGGAAUGGGCCUGCCGCAGCAAUAACCAAUUUGAGCCUUCAUCAGCGCCCACGAGUUGCUGGUCUGGAACGAGACAACGCCAGCCUUCUGCAGACAAAUUUCAUAGCCACAGAAGCCAGGACGUACCCUGUGUUUGACUCGUCGCCAGACCUGCUCUACUUUGUAACAGCUACCAACAGCAAGGCAAAAACAAAAGACGCGAAGUGCGUUAAUCUAUAUUACAUGGGCGGGCUGGAGCGUGCUAUCCACCUGCCACAAAAGCUGCAGGGUGGGGAUACGGAGAUCGUUUCAGUGGCAUUCUCCACCACCUAUAUCAUUCUCAUAGUAGUCAAGUCUAAGAAUAAGAAUAAUGCCGGACUCUGGGCCUUUGGGUCUAUGGACGUCCCUAAGGAUCGGUUUAUUUUAAUCGAUAAGACCUAUCAGUACCCAAUAAAUCGCUAUAUGAUCGAUCGCUCAAAGCGAUCCAUCGUCCUCUUGAUGCGCGAUCGCAUAGAGUACAUCCACUCAGAUCUUCCCACAAAGUAUUGGUCUUUCCAUCCUCGUUAUGAAGACAUCUUUUCGGAGUACUCCAAGGACCACUGGCAUUUUACCGACUCUUCUGAGCGUCAUAAGGUGAAGUCGUACUCGCACACAGGCAACGCAGAAACAGGUUAUCAACUAAAUCUAACCAUUACCAUAAUAGAGGAGGACAUGGACACCGAGGACACAACCAUCCUUCUCCCUCUCUAUGGCAAUGACUUUGACCCUGAAAGAGCCAGGGCUCUACUCGCGGAAGAGGAGGGCAUCGAUUUCAGCGUCUUCGACCCCAGCAAAAGCCAAAAGGCGGCAGAGCUAUCGCUCAACCACGCCACAGGUCACGCCUCGUCCACUCGUUACACGACGCACAGCAUAUGUAUUGAUGGGAACACAGCAGAUGCUAUUAAUGAAGAAAUUAAGAACGACAAACUGGAGAUUAUGCGCCAUUAUGAGGAAGGGGCUAUUCAGCAGCAGCGUCUCGAUGACUAUAACGAGGAGGAGCUGGAUGGAGUUGCUUCGCCUGAGCCGGAGUACCAGCCCGUCACGCGUGAGUCUCCUGUCCCCAAGCCAGUUCUGAAGGCUACGCCUACUGUCGUCCAUAACAUAGCGCCGGAACCUGUACUCCCGGCUGCUCCAUCCUCUGUGGUUGAUGAACCUCCUCUACAAGAGCCUCUUCCAGAGUCUGUGCAACCCAUAACGACGCCUCCAGUUCCUCAGCCGGUAGUCACCAUCCAGCCACCCGCACCUGUCGUGGAGCCUCAGCCUUCUGUUGUCGCUGCCCCAGCCCCCAGAGCUGCCUCUCCUGUGCCAGCUGCUCCUGUCGCACAGCAGCCGGCCACCCCCCAGGUUUCUCAAGGAGGAAGCAUGCUUCCUAUUGUUGCACUUGCAUUUGCGGCCGUUUUAAUCGUCUACUUGAUAAAGAAGUAA